UUACUGUGGGAAUAUUUCUAUUCAAUGUCAUCUUUAUCCGCUUGCCUGACCUGUUACUUUCCAUUUUGCUUCCACUGUUUCACAUACUCACUUUCUUCCUCUUUUGCCUGGUUUCUGUCUUUCUUUUUUUCUCAUUUGACUUUCAUUUUUUGCUUUCAUUUUCUGUCUUUCUGUCUUAUAUUCUUGUUGUUUCUUUCUAUUCUUCCUCAUCACCCCAUAAGUCAGCUUGUUCAUCAUCUCUACUUCAUCUAUUUCCAUGUAGCUUACCCUAUCAUUCCAAUAUGUCUUUCUUUCUCUUCUUCAAAAUGUGCCUCUGCCUCCACCUCUUCCCCUUCUACUUUGUACCUUACUGUCUCUCUCCUGUGCUUGCCUCCCAUCUCUAUCUCUUCCUCUUCAUACUCGAACCCGAUUCAUUGCUUCAUGUUCAGUGUGCAUUGUGGGUUCUUGUCGCUCACAACACUCUUGUUCUUCACAGUAUUCUGAAAUAAUGUUAGUUUGUGUGUUUAUUCAUUCAUUGCUCAUGGCUUACCGUAGUGUGGUCGCAAUAUCAUUUUCAUCCUCAUGUGGCCUCCUCAGCACUUCAUGAAUAUGAUGGAGCAUUGCACUUUCACUAUAUCACCUAUCCUGAACAUAUGUGGCCUCGGUUGGCUGGUAUUGUUUAUUAUGGAGUGUGACACUUCACUGCAUGAUUUGUAGAUGCAGAGAACUAAGUAUAGUUUAACAAUGACAUUGCAUUAGGUAGACAUUCACUACAUG